AUGGGUUCUGAAUUUGGAUUAACGAGGACCCAGUUUGACGAGUUCUCGUGCUGGUAUUUAUGUCUGUGUCUCCGCCCUCAGAGUGACCUCCGUCAGGAGCGGAAGCCCCGAGCCGUGCGCCCCGCGGGCCGCCUGUGCACCGAGCUCCACCGCCACCUCACCACCGCCCGGGAUUCAGAGGACGCCCCGGCCCCCGACACAGAGGAGGACGAAGAGGAAGAAGAGGACGAGGACAGUGAGUCGGAGGAGGAUGAAGAGGAGGAAGGGGAGGAGGAAGAGGAGGAGUCUUCCAGCAGCGAGGUGGAGGGCGGCGCGGUCGUAGCUGCUGUCCCGGCUGAACCAGCCAAGCCUCAGUUCAGCUCCGAGAAAGAACUGCACUCAGUGGUGGAGCUGAUCACGUACAUGCACACCUACUGCCUGCCCACACGCAAGCAGCAGGGCUGGGAGCGUAAGGACCGCGACGCCCCGAGGCCCCGGGCCAGACCCGAGGCCGCCCGCCUCGCCGCCACAAACUCUCACAGCAGAGUUGUUUUGGUGGCUACCCCCGGGACUAGCGGGGGCUUAACUGGCGCAGGCAGCGGUGCCCCCAGGAGGCUCCCCUUUGCAAGGCGGAGGGAGAUGAAGGCCAACUCCCUCCUCCGUGAGCUCCUGCAGCAGAGCAGCUCUUUCGAUGUGAGCAAGCCUUACAGACUGCACAGCCCUCCCUACUCCCACUCCCACAGCCCCAACAGAGUCUCUGCUCCUGCCGCCCCGGCUAAAUCAGCCCCCACCCACUCCCCCAGCACCCCGAAACCAGAGCUUCGUAAAGACUCGUCCUCCCCUGAGAGGAGAAGCUACUCCUCCGAGGCGCCUCAAAGCCCAGAGGAGACCGCAGAGGACAGCGGCUCCUUCUCCGUCCGACGCUCCCGACGCCUGGCCUCCUUCCCCAGCCGCUUCGCCAAGAGGCUGCGGCCUGCACGGGCGAGGGAAGGAGAGGGCAAGGACAAGGAGGAGAAGGAGGAGGGACGGGCAGGGGUCAAACUCCUGCCGACCCUAGCAGGAGGAGGGACGACGACGGAGACGCAGCCAGAGCAGCUAACGUCGAGUGACGGCAGCGCCGGACCAACAGAGCCGACCAAAUCCUGCUGCCACAACGAGAAGCGAGCCUGCCUCUGUCUGCCUCUCAACCCCAAGUCCACAGGAGAGUCCCAGUACAGCACCAAGCCUUUCGAACAGACGCUCAGUGUGGAUCUGUGUGGAACAGCAG